UGUUCUCAAGGGAGGAACAUUCUCAGGAUUUCAAGCUGCAGUUCAUUGGCAAGUCUGUGACACAAUUAGGAAACAUCCCAUAAAUUGAAAGUAAAAUUUGAGACUUUAUGUUCCUUCUCAACUUCUAAAGAGAACUAGAGGCAGAAAAAACUGGCCACUGGAAAGACCAUAGCUGGAUGCUGCCUGGGGCCUCUCAGCUACCCACAGAAGCCAGCAUGUCUUGGGUCCUGCUUUCAGUCCUAUGGCUUAUCAUCCAAAUCCCAGUGAUAGAUACAACGUUAACCCCCAAGUUAAAGCCUCAUGAAAUAGUUCAUCCUAAAAAACUAUCCGUUUCACAAAGAAGAGGGCUUGAGAACAGCCAGAUGGAGAGAGAUGGCAAAGAGGAAAGAUACGCACCAGAAGUUCAAUAUCAGAUCAUACUAAAUGGAGAAGAAAUCAUUUUUCAUCUAAAGAGAACCAAGCAUCUUCUGGGGCCAGACUACACUGAAACAUCUUACUCACCCAGAGGAGAAGAGAGAACCAGACACUCUCAGGAUGUGAAACCCUGCUACUAUGAAGGCCACAUCCAGAAUGCAAGUGGCUCUCUCGCCAGUAUCAAUAUCUGUGAUGGGUUGAGAGGCUACUUCACACAUCAUGGUCAGAUAUAUCAAAUAAAGCCUCUACAAAGCACAGAUGAGGGAGAACACGCUGUUCUUCCAUACAGCUGGGAGGAACCAGACACGGCCGAUUACAAGGAUGGGGAGAAGCAAGUCAGCAGGAAACGAAGCCAUCUUCGAACUUCCAGGUCACUCAAAAACCCAAAUCAGGAAGACUUACUUCAAGGACAGAAGUAUAUUGGUCUCUUUUUGGUGCUGGAUAAUGCCUAUUAUAAGAUAUAUAAAGGGAAUGUGACUCAGAUGAGAAGCUUUGUGUUCGAGGUGCUGAAUCUGCUCAAUGUGAUUUAUAAAACUAUAGAUAUUCAAGUGUCUUUGGUGGGCAUGGAGAUCUGGUCCGACCAUGACAAGAUAAAGGUGGAACCUAACCUUGGUGCCACAUUCACACGCUUCAUGAGAUGGCAUUAUUCCAACCUGGGGAAAAGGAUUCAUAACCAUGCCCAACUUCUCAGUGGAGCUAGCUUCAGCCAUGGCCGUGUGGGAAUGGCAGCUGCAAAUUCCUUCUGUACUACAUCUUCAGUGUCUGUAAUUGAGGCUAAAAGAAAGAAUAAUGUGUCUCUCGUUGCACUGAUGUCACAUGAGUUGGGCCACACCCUUGGUAUGCGGGAUGUUCCAUAUCAUACCAAGUGCCCCUCUGGCAGCUGUGUGAUGAAUCAGUACCUGAGUUCAAAAUUCCCCAAGGAUUUCAGUACCAUCAGCCGCUCACGUUUUCAAGGAUUUCUUUCAUCUAGAAAUGCAAGGUGUUUGCUGCGGGCACCUGACCCUAAAAACAUCAUAAAACCAACAUGUGGGAACCGAGUUCUGGACGCAGGAGAAGGCUGCGACUGUGGAUCUCCUGAGGAAUGUACCAAUCUUUGCUGUGAGCCCCUGACAUGUAGGCUGAAAUCUCAACCUGACUGCAGAGAAACCUCCAACCACGUUGUGUGAGCACUAUCUUCUCUCCGUUCUCCAAAGGUCUUCUCACUUUUCUUUGAGAUUUGAAAAAAUGUCCCACUGGGUUCAACAACGCACUAAAACAAAGUUCACCCACACUUUUUAAAUGACUUAAUUUUGUCAUGAAGAAAGAAUGUAUUAUACACAAAACUGAGCCUAUGUGGUUGAUCAUACCCAUAUAAGAAAAUGGGUUACUCUGUUAUUUAUGAAAGUAGAGUUCCUGGAACUUGCGCUAAGAUUGGUAUAACUUUCUACAGUUAAGAAGUGAAUAUGAAAAGAAUUAAAGUAUAUUUUUGACAAGACUUGAUGAGCACAAUUCAUUGCUCCUUAGAGAUGAUAGGUGUCAUUUGCAAGGUAGUCAGAAAAUCAAUAGCAUUUAAGAACUCCAUGUAAAAUUUGACAGUUUUAUUCUCUUUAAAAUGUCUCAGUGGAAUACAGCCUAGGAAUUGGCCAGUGUGAUUUGGGCUAGGGGCUUGGCAUUUGGACUUAGGGUUUUGUUUGAGUAUAAAAUAGUCUCGGUAUAUAAAGUCUAUAAUAACAACUGAUGUCAGAAAGCUGGGAUUCAAGAGACGUGAUGGGGAACAAGUUAUUCUGUGCCCUUUUCUCAGAAAUUUCCUGGAAUUAAAACUGCAGGGAGAGUGAAAUAAAAUAAUUAACUGCAACACCAUUCAGAAUCUCUUCCUCAGGAAAGGAGCAAGGUCAAAGGAAAGGGAAGAUCCCUUAUCUAUUUACUAAGCAGUGUUGAGUAUUUCACUGAACUACAAUGUGGGUCCACUUUGCAGAGAAUUCUGGAAAUCAUGCCAAGUCCAGAAGCAGAAUGUAUAAGAAAAAAAAGCAUAACAAAAAUCUUAGUUCCUUGAGGGCUGGAAUGAUAGGUAACUAUUCACUUUUCUGUGUAAAAUGGGCAGUUCAACAUCAUCAGAAGAACAUUGAGCUUGGAUUCUAGACAUUUAAAUUCUAAUCUUAAUUCUGCAAAUCUACUGUGGGAUUUAAGACAAGUUACUGAAUUCCCUUCCUUCUUGUUCAGUGGAACUACUAAUGUGCUCUCCCCGUGUGACUGCAUGUGUUGUUUAAAGUCUAGAAAUUUCCAUUCGUGUCAGUCCAUAAUGUUUUAUCAGUAUAAUAACCAUUGCUUCUGGUGUUUUUAUUUUCUUUAAUUAAAUGAUCCAGUGUCUAAUUCACAGAGAAGUUACUUUGCCAAGGCAGAAGUCCAGACCCUGCCUCUGCCAGGAAGCCCUCCUAGCCCAUGCAUCUAUACAGACAGACCUCUCUGUGUGUGCCACAUUUUCUGUGAACCCAUAAAUUCAAUCACUGAAGAAUAAUAUCCUAAAAUAUGCUUGUAUCUGUAGUGAAUAUGUAGACAUUUUCUCCUCAUUAUUCUCUAAAUAAUAGAGUGUAACAACUAUUUGUAUAGCAUUUUUGUAGAUUAAGUGUUAGUAGUCUAGAGAUAACAAGAUACUUAGGAGAAUUUUAGUAGUUGUAUGCAAAAAUACUCCAGUUCUAGAAGGACCAUUAGUCCAGAGAUUUGGAUAUCUGUGUUGGAGCCAAAUCCUGGUGGACAUUGAAGGAGAUCUUUGCUUUUCUCUUUCCAUUCUACUUUAUGUGUUUCUACUAGUCCAGUCAACAGGUAAAUAGACACACUUAAGAGAUACUGUCUGUUCAUUCAGAUUUUAUCUGUAGUGUGAAUGUGAGGAACCUGAAAAUGUGGGUUUAGUUUCAUUCUUUGGAGAAUAAAAUAGAUGAACCUUUGCUGAAACUCCUCAACAUACUCCAUAGAAUUUUUGAGUUAAUCCCAAACUGCAAAAUGACAAGUAAUUUAACCCUAAACCUCUUUGUUCCUGUGGUGUAGGGAUCAAAGCAUGCUACCUGCUGAGGGAGGGAGCUAGCAGAAAGAACAGUGCCCUAGCCCCUUGCUGUUUCUCAGCAGCCAGUUUGUCUUACAUCCUGUAAGCAUCCCGGAUUUUCUGUCUCAUGGGAAUAUUGGUUACAUUCAAACACUUUUUCAUUUGAGCAAAUAGAGUUUCUCAUACUAUCAUGUAUAAGAACUAUUUUUGAAAAGUCUGUGUGGCUUGUUUCUUAGUGAAAAUGGAAAAGUAAGCCUUCAUUCAUUGGUUUUUGCAAUAAACUAUGCUAUCAAUAAAAAUAACAAUAAAUAACAA